GCUUUCCCUCCCCGUGGCCCAAAAAUGUCUGUCCGUUCCCCCUCCCUCUGUACUGGGAGUACAGACAUGCUUAUCCCAGGAAAACAGAGGGGUGGAUCACGGGAUGAUUGCCCUGUCCCUGCCAGGGUUGUAAUGCUGAAGGGUUUGUGGGCUGUCCACUAGCUGCAAAAGAGAUGGUUAGCCCUCCCACUGGCAUGUCAUUCGGCCACACAUCCCAGCAGCUGCCUUCCUGAAGAGUGACCUUCUCCCGCUCAUUCUGUACCAGUCUGCAAGAACAGGGGGGUCCUAUACUUUUUCUCGCUUUCCUUCCUUCUUCUCUCCCUCUCUUUCCUUCUAAGCUCUCUCUAAUCCUUCUCUUUCCUCUUUUCUCUCUGAUCUAUGCACCUUUUUCUAUUGAUCUUCUGAAACUUUCUCUCCCUCUUCCCUUCUAUCUGAGUAAUGAGUUACUUUCUGAUGCUCAGCAAGUCUCACGGCAAUGGAAUGCUGUCUCGGUUCCAGAGCUUGCGGCUGGAAACGCGGAUGUGCGACAUUAUUUUGGAGGCUGAGGGCAAGCAGUUUCCUGCUCACCGCACCUUGUUAGCCUGCUCCAGCGACUACUUCUGGUCGAUGUUCCAGGAGCACACUCUGGAGUCUGGGGCCCACACCAUCAGUUUAUCAGCCCUGUCCUCUGCUGGCCUGGAGCAGGUGCUGGAUUUCAUCUACACCUCAUGGAUCUCACUGUCCCCAUCCACCUUGGAGGACACCCUGGAAGCUUCCUGCUACCUGCAGGUUACACAUGCUGUGGAUCUCUGCACCGAGUACAUCUCAGACAGCCUAACUCUGGACAACUGCUGCUUUUUUGCCAAUGUGGCAGCCCGUUAUGGCCUCUCUGAAGCACUUGUUGCCACCAACCGUUUCAUUGCAAGAAAUAUGGGCAAGCUGCUUGGUGCUUAUGGGGACAGGACUGGGCUGCUGGAGCUAAAUCUUGAAUCUUUGCAAGAGGUCAUGGGAUUGGAGGAGAUGCCAGGGGUGAAGGAGACAACGUUGCUUCAGUUUGCUCUAGAUUGGCUGAGCUGCAACCCUUUAUCUGCCCUGGAAAGUAACUCCCUACUCAGCCGUGUCCGAUUCAGCCUGGUGCCUCCUGAAGAGCUGAUCUGUUUGAGCGCCCUAAAUCCAGCAUUACGCACUCCCUUCAUUCACAGCCUGGUGCAGAAAGCCUUGCAUUACCACAUGCAGGGUCCCCUUCAGCCAAUACUGCAGAAUGUCCACACAAAUGUAAGAACCACAACUAACAGAAUAUUGCUGGUAGGAGGAGGAGCAGAAGCAAAUCGGCCCCAGAUGCAGAUCCAGAGUUACGAUGAACGCAGCAGGAAGUUCCGUCCACUGUCCAUUACCAUGCCAAAGAAGCUCCAGUAUCAGGGUGUUUGUGUGGUGGGAAACUUCCUGUUUGUGCUAGGAGGGGAGGUGGUUGAAGUGGAUGCGGAGAAUGAGAAGACAGCAGUGAUGACGGUCUCUGAUCAGGUGUGGCGAUAUGACCCUCGGUUUGAACGCUGGGAGGAGAUGGAGCCACUGCUGCAAAAGAGGGCACAGUUCUCCUGCUGUGUGGUCGGGGGAAUUAUUUAUGUCAUAGGAGGACGAGGUCAAAGAGGAGAGCCUGCUCUGUCCUCAGUGGAGAGAUACGACAUGAGGGCAGGAUGCUGGCGUAGUGGAGUGUCUUUGCCGCAUCCUAUACAUGGGCAAGCUUGUGCCACUAUUGGCAGAGGGAUCUACAUUUCUGGUGGCAUCCAUGGCAGCCAGCCUGAGAGUAGCAAGGAAGUGUUAUUCCUUAACUCCCUUGACUAUGCUGCCUGGGAAAGGCGAUCUGCUAUGUCUAUAGCCAGAUUUGGCCACCAAAUGGCAACAAUUAAGGAGCAGAUCUAUGCCUUCCUGGGGAUGUACGAACCGUUUUGCGAUAUUGAACGCUAUGACCCUGAACACGACCAGUGGACUCGACUGAAGCCUCUUCUUCAUGACCGCUUCUGCUACGGCUUGACAGUGACUGGGGGUGGACGUGUGUUGAUGUUUGGAGGUCGAAAGUGGCAGGACGGACAGGAAGUGUGCACUCCUGAUGUGCUGGAGUAUGACCCUGAAUAUGACAGCUGGAAACAAGUGUGUAAACUUCCAGGCCCAUUAUGUGGGACACAGUGUGCUGUAAUGGCCAUCUCAGAACCUAUAGAGACAUAGGAACUCCAACUCCAUUCCAUAC